UCUGUCUUUGUCAGUCAUUGUGGAUAUUACCCUGUUUUCCUUUGUGCCUUGGUUUCCCUGCUUGGUUUUGUUUGGCCUGAUUACCUGUGUAUUGACCCCUGUGUUUUGGAUUGUGCUCUUGGAUUACCCUGUGAAUAAACUGCUGCAUUUGGAUCCACUCUCUUGCCUGCUCUUUGCCUGCCCAGCAUCCAAUCAUAACAGAAGAACUGACCAAACGUGGAUCCAGCAGUAGUCUUUGUUCACCUACGCCAGGACAGUUUUACCCUCGAGGACCAUAUUCAAAGCUCCCAAGAUGGCUACCAUGCCACAGCCAGAAUCAGCACCCAAGAUGGCCGCCACGCCAUAGCCUCCACCCAUCAUGGAAGUUACGCCAAGGUCUUCAGCCACCAUGGACGACACAACAUAGUUCCCAGGUACCAUGUACCAGGUACCGACACGUUUCUGGUCAUCAUGGAUGUCAUGCCAGAGUUCCCAGUCAUCAUGAGUGUUGCGUUUGGAGACAACAAGGCUUUCUAUGAGUGUUUGAGGCUGGCUUCCAGUUUGGCAGACCCACUGUUGACAUCAGUGAGAGCAGCUGGUAUUCCAAGGCCUUCAGCACCAGCAGUUACUGAGGCAGUUCCCCUAUCUACAGUGCUUCCAGUUAUGGUGGUAGCUAUCUGGUAUGUUUGGGCUGCAUACUGUCCUCCAGCUUCUACAGAAUCCGUUCCUGAGCCAAGUCCAGCCCUGGAAUCCGUUCCUGAGCCAAGUCCAGCCCUGGAAUCCACUCCCGUUCCCUCGUCAUGGCCAGGAGUGCCGUUUCCUGUUCCUAUGACUCUAGUGAGUCCACCUUUUCCUGAGGUGGUGGAUUGCACUGCAGAACCUCCCAAAGUGGCGGCAUCCGCUCUAGCUCCUCCCGAGCUGGCAGCUUCUGCUGCAAAACCUUCAGAGGAGGCGGCGUCUGACUUUGAACUCUCUGCCUGUUCAGCCAUGGCUAAGGAAGCCGUUUAUGAACUCUCUGCCUGUCCUGUUUUGGCCACAAAGGCAGUUGAUAACCUCUCUGUGCUUUUUUUUUUUUUUCCAGUCCAGCCUUAUCCGCCGUGGUGGUUCCCUGCUCCAUCAGCUCCACCCAGGUGGUCAUCUGCUCCACUGUGGAAAUCCUGUCUCGUCUGCUCUACCUUGGUGGUCAUCUGCUCCACCGUGGGGGUCUUCAAUCCCACAUAGCGAAAUUAAUUCAUACUUAUAAACAGAAAGAAAUUUAUUUUUGUCCAUUCCUGGUUCACAUAGUUUAUAUAUAUGUAUUGCAUGUGUUCAAAAGAAACAAAACAAAAACAACAACAAAUCUUGUCAGCAUGCAAUCAGUUUAAAUUCUUGAAAGACAGCCUGGUCUCAUUGUUUAUAUGUAGAUAUCAAUUCAUAACAUUUACAAGUACAAAACGUGCAUUUUUGUAUGUGUUUUUAUUGAUGCUAAAAUGUACAAUUUAGAUGUAUUUCAACGUUUAAAACAUGCAAACCGCUACCUGUUUUUAGCUAGAAAACUGAAAAUAUUUAUGUAUACUUUCUAUCAUUAAGAUAUUUGUAUCAAAGCAUUUUUAUUUUAUCGUUAAGCGAUAUAGAUUUAUAUAAAACACCAGAAACACGGCAUGUCACAUUCUGUGAUGAAGCAGGCAAGAGCCAAUAAGUGUUUGUUUUUCCUGCCGUUUUUUCGUGUCGUUUUUUUUUUUUGAAGUGGCAACAUUUGAAUUUAACAAGUGUGUCAGUGCAGGUUUUUGAUGCUUAUGGAUGCUGCUCAGGAUGGAGAUGAAGAUCGCUGAAUAAAGGCUUGAGUUUGGGGCUGCUCCUCACAAUCGUGUGGAUUCUAAACAUUUGGGCAUAAAUGUCUGCCCACUGCUCCGGGUGUGUGUUCACGGUGUGGGUGUGUGUGGUUACUGCUGUGUGUGUGUGCACU